AUGAUGUUCCCUACAGUGACAUGGCUCCUGUUUGUAGCAGGCCUGUUGGGUGUCUGGUCUCAGGACUACUAUGAGGAGAGAACAAUGAACAAGAGACCCAGAGGCAGGGGGGCCCAGCUGCGAGCUGCAGCCACAGCCACUGCACCUAACGGGCAAAAACAUAAUAGACAAGUUUUAGAUGAGGACUGCGGUCUGGAGCUUACUUUUCUGCUGGACAGCUCUGAGAGUGCCAAGGAGAACCAUGAGCAGGAGAAGCACUUUGCCAUGGAUGUGGUAGACAGGCUCCAGGCUGUCCGUCUGCAGACCGGUCGCAGUCUGAGCUGGAAGGUGGCCCUGCUGCAGUACAGCAGUCACGUCAUCAUCGAGCAGACCUUUAAGCAGUGGAGAGGCACUGACAACUUCAAGUCCCACAUCACCCCCAUUUUAUACAUCGGUCACGGCACCUACACCACCUACGCCAUCACCAACAUGACUAAGAUGUACCUGGAGGAGUCCAGCCCAGGCAGCAUCAAGGUGGCCGUCCUACUCACUGACGGCAUCUCCCACCCCAGGAACCCAGACAUCUUCUCAGCUGCCGCCGACGCCAAGAACCAGGGGGUGAAGUUCUUCACGGUGGGCAUCACCCGUGCAGCCAAUGAGCCAGCCAACGUGGCCCAGCUCCGUCUGCUGGCCAGCUCUCCUGCUUCCCGAUACCUCCACAAUCUACAGGAUACUGAUAUUGUGGAGAAAGUCCUCACGGAAAUUACUGACCUGGCUGACAAGGGGUGUCCCCUGGCCCAACGAUGUGCCUGUGAGAAGGGCGAGAGAGGGCUCAGUGGUCCAACUGGGAAGAAGGGUCGCCCAGGAGAUGAUGGAGCCCCUGGUCUUAAAGGAUUGAAGGGAGAGGGAGGACUAAGUGGACUUCCAGGUCGGGACGGCGGAGAGGGAAAACCUGGUUACAAAGGAGAGAUGGGUGAGAGAGGCGAGUGUGGCAUUCCAGGAAUUAAAGGAGACAGGGGUCCUGAGGGUCCAAUGGGCUCCAGAGGUGUCAGAGGUCUCCAGGGUAUACCCGGACCACAGGGUGACAUGGGACCUGAGGGCCCUCAAGGAAAGAAGGGUGACCGGGGUCUAACUGGGCCGCCUGGAAUUCAGGGAGAAACUGGUAUUGGACUUCCUGGACCAAAGGGUGAUCUGGGAUUCCAGGGAAGACUCGGCCCCCCUGGUCCGCCAGGGCUGGGUGAACAUGGCCAGCCAGGGCCUCAAGGGCCACAAGGUGUUCAAGGGGAGAAAGGACCCCAUGGCGAGGGGCUCCCUGGACCAAAGGGAGACCGGGGGCUGGAUGGACCGAGGGGGCCUAGAGGACAAACGGGUGCAGGAAUCAAAGGAGAAAAGGGUGAGUUCGGGCCUCCAGGUCAUCCAGGACUUGUUGGACUUACAGGAGCGGGCAUCCAGGGGGAGAAGGGAGUGGAGGGUCCCAGGGGUCCACCUGGCGGCAGAGGGCCACAAGGAGAGGGCUUACCUGGACCUAAGGGCGAUCAAGGUUUACCAGGAGAGCUUGGAGUUACAGGGGAAAGAGGCGUUGGUGAGCCAGGGCCAAAGGGUGAGCCUGGUGCAUAUGGCCUGGCUGGCUUACCUGGUCUUCCAGGAGAGGACGGGGCUCCAGGACAGAAGGGUGAGUUUGGUAUCGCUGGCCUCAGAGGUUCUGAGGGUGCAGCAGGGAUCGGCAUCCAGGGCGAGAAGGGAGACCAGGGUCAGAGGGGCAUCCGUGGAUUACAUGGACCUUCUGGCAUAACCGGACCCUCAGGGGCAAAGGGGGAGCCUGGCACACCGGGCCGACUGGGCAUGUCAGGACUACCGGGACGGGCCAUUGCAGGUCCUAAGGGUGAUCUAGGCCCUCCUGGUCCGUCUGGGCCUAUUGGAGAGACAGGCUAUGGGCUGCCUGGGCCGAAGGGCGACCGCGGUAAUUCUGGUCCACCAGGUCAAUUUGGGCCCAAAGGUGAAGGUUUCCCUGGACCAGUGGGUCCUCCAGGUCUUCCGGGUCUACAGGGAGAGCAGGGCCCUGAGGGCAUAGGCAUCCCAGGACCUAAGGGAGACAUUGGCUUCAGAGGAUUACCAGGUUUGCCAGGCCCAACGGGAGAGGGUGUGCAAGGACCACCGGGUAACAUUGGAAGGCCAGGACCACUUGGUCCAACAGGGCCACCAGGAGAAGGUUUGCAGGGCCCCAAGGGUGGGCAGGGGUCUCAGGGUGUGACAGGGCCAAGGGGACCCUCAGGGGAAGGAUUCCCAGGAUCUAAGGGUGACCGUGGCUUGCAGGGUGAGAGAGGAAAUAAGGGCGGAAAGGGAGAUCUGGGAGAUCAUGGAGUUCAUGGAGAGUCUGGGAGACCAGGAAUAAAGGGUGAAGCCGGCCUUACAAGAGAAGACAUCAUUAAAUUGAUCAAGGAAAUCUGUGGAUGUGGAGUGAAGUGCAAGGAGAUGCCAAUGGAACUUGUAUUCGUCAUUGACAGCUCAGAGAGUGUUGGUCCGGAAAACUUUAAAAUUAUCAAGGACUUUGUCACAGCGUUGGUAGACCGUACCACUGUUGGACGUAACACCACCAGAAUUGGACUGGUCCUGUACAGUCUGGAUGUCAAACUGGAGUUCAACCUGGCACGCUACAUGACCAAGCAGGAUGUUAAGGAGGCCAUCAGGAAAAUGCCCUACAUGGGUGAGGGCACUUACACUGGCACUGCCAUCCGGAAGGCUACCCAAGAAGCCUUCUACAGUGCCCGUACUGGAGUCAGGAAGGUGGCCAUUGUCAUCACAGAUGGAAAGACAGACAAACGAGAGCCUGUGAAGCUAGACAUUGCUGUGAGGGAGGCCCAUGCUGCCAACAUUGAGAUGUAUGCCCUGGGGAUUGUCAACACCUCAGAUACAACCCAGGCCGAGUUCCUCCGUGAGCUCAAUCUGAUCGCCUCGGACCCUGACAAUGAACAUAUGUACCUCAUCGACGACUUCAACACUCUACCAGCUCUGGAGUCAAAACUUGUUAGCCAGUUCUGUGAGGAUGAGAAUGGAGCCCUUGUGAUGAAUCGCAUCGCUAAUGGCUUUGGAACCAAUGUGAACAAUGGCUAUGGGAACCACAGAUAUGUACCGGAAGCCUAUGGGAAUAACGGCCAUGGGAAUAACGGCUAUGUGGACAGCAGCUAUGGAAACACCUAUCAUGAGGAUCCUAUCCUAAAUCCUAGUAGACGUACCAGUUCCCAGAGUUACAUCAGAGGCCGUGGAGAUACCUUUGCUCUGCCCCUCAACGCUGGACCACUCCCAUUGCAGGUGGAGGAGGAUGAGGAGGGUGAAGAUUUAGACAUAAGGACCCAUGUGCGAGGAGGAAUUGUGGCUGUAGUUAACAAGACAAUAUCCAUCCUCCCUGCAAGGGAAAGCUCGCACUCCAACACAACUGUUUCAUCAUCAUCAGGAUCAGCAUCAUCAUCCUCCGGAACAUCGGGUUCAGCUUCAUCCACCAGUGUUGUUCUGUCAGAGUCUGUCCAGCUUGAUUCCCGCUGUAAGCUGAGUUUGGACCAAGGCACCUGUCGAGAGUAUAAAAUCCGGUGGUAUUAUGACAAACAGGCCAAUUCAUGUGCACAGUUCUGGUAUGGAGGCUGUGAAGGAAAUGCCAACCGCUUUGAGACCGAGGAUGAAUGCAAGAAGAUCUGUGUUCUAUCUAGGACAGCUGGUUAA